AUGAGCGCUGCUUUGAAUCUUGGAGCGGCGCCAUUGCGGCUCAGUCGUUCGUGCAGCAUCUCUCUUGGCGGAAUCUGUGCUCGACACCCAUGCUUUUUGCACACGUCCGCCGUACGAUUGCGGCGCGAAUCUCCCACCGCUGGACCACGAUCCUCGCUUCGCGUCUCUGCAAGCUCUUUAUCAAGAGGAACAGGUGCCGCGUCUGCUUCAAGCGCAUCGAGCCCAGUGGCAAAGCCAAAGAAUCCAGGUUCGCACUCUCUCACAUCCAGCUCAGGCAUCCCACGGCAUCAACAAGCCAAAGUCGAAGUAAUCCCUUUCCGAGUAUCUUCGAAAGCGGCCCAAGAGUACCUUACCACGAUAGCAACCGCCGAGGUCAUGCCUCGUGUCAUGAGCAGCUGGUCUAUUAUAAAGCACCAGCUGCUAUCGCUUAUCGGUAUCAAAAGCAUGUCAAAUCCCGACGGCGAGAUUGUCAAGCUGAAGAGGAUGACUGCACUCUACCUACCAACGUGGAUCGUCGAUGCAUCGUUUGAGAUCAAGUGUCGAGGAAACGAAGGCAGAGCUGAGGCGAAUUUCAUAACGACCUCUUCGCGCUUUCCUGGUCACUCUUGGAAGCCGAUGGAUUCCAUACCUAUGGCUCCACCUCCUCCGUAUGACAUGGUUCCCACUGAGGACCUGCAAAAACAUCCCGAAUAUGCUGCCAACGCGCCUAGAGCCGCUUGGGACAAUCUGGCCAUGGUCGAUUACGAGUCGUACGAAGCACAUAAGAAAAGAAAAGGAGAAUCAAAGGUCAAGAUCAAAGGUGGCAUCCCGGAUCCACUGCCCUUUACCAUUUCGCCGCUGUGCCUUCCCGACAUGAUCCGCAGGCAGCUCGAGUCGAAGGAUGUCACUAUUACGCCGGAUCUUGCAGCAGGCAUCAAGCUUCCAGGAGGCGACCUGCAUGAGCUUGGACUUACAAACGCGCUAGUAGACAAAGAUGGCGACCAGAUCACCGCUCCACCAUUGAGCUUUGAGCCCAAAACGCUCAAGCUCGAUAUGAUGGCAGCAUAUCCAAUCCUCAUGCCGCUUCAUAUGGCCGAAUUCAGCUAUGUCGAUGAAGAGAAGGGUGGUACACAAUUCCUCACUAUGGUCUUGGGCGCAUGGGAUACCAACGGGCUUCAGGUCUGCAUCAAGGAGGAAGACAAAGAUUGGCAAUGGUCAUUCACCAAGACCGUGCCGCUCAGGUUGGACUUGUUGGAUAUGUAUCCCCGCACACCUAUCAAGACGACACUCAACGAGAUGUUUGAGCGUGCAAGGCAAGAGAAGCGAACCAAGCGACGCCAGAAAUUGGCACUAGAGGCCAAGGAUGCUGAUGAUCAAGAGGGACGCAAGACGCGCCAAGAGCGGGAAGCCGAAUGGGACAGAAAAGAGGCGGAGCAUCAACAAGCCUUCAGGUCGGACCUGGAAUCCAAGAUGCAGGAAAAGCUGCGCUCGGAAGUGUCUGUCAAGGCUGCAGUGGAACAGCGUAGCUUGAACAUGCUGCAACGUGCUGAUUGGAUUCACUGGGAGCGCGACGAGCGAGAAGCGUUCGAAACAAGGACCUCACCCACCAACCCUGCGAACGGAUCCAUUACAACCGCUGAAAAGCAGCCUUACAACCGAACAAAGAAUCUCGCCGUCACAUCGCCCACCGAACCAAGACCGUUCCAGUGGUUGUCGCAGCAAUCCGAUCGAACCGCCGAGCUCGAGCAUCCGGAUCGCAAAGCCAAGCUGGGAAAGUACAUUCACUGGACCUCACCGCACGUUCAGCGUCUCUCGCACAACGUCUACGCCAACCGUCGCUAUCUGAACGAGACCAUUCCGGCUGUGUUGAACAGCAGGAAGAGGAUGGCGAGCAUUCAGGAGAACGGAUACGACGUCGAUCGGUCGUUGACAAAGGUGAAUUUCGACAAUCGCCCAAAGAUGACGGGCGAAGAGGCAUGGAAGACGAUUACGGCAGAGAAUGUCAGUGUCCGACAACAGAGGGAAGCAUUGAAACCGAGAUGGUUAAGGGCGCUCGAAGAGGCAGGACGACAUCAAUAG